UGCAGUGAAAAGAAGCAGAGUUCAUGGACAGCAGGAUGGUGGCCUGUGGAACUCAGAUGUUGCUGUGCCUCCUAGCUAUUAUUGUCCUGCCAUCUGAGUGGCUUUUGAUGGGAGUUGUUGCUCAAACAACAGCAGGGCCUCUGGAAUCACCCACAGAUCCAGGCAAUGACUUAGUUGAUAGUGGUCCAACAACAUCUCCUGAAUGCCGUGAAGAGCAAUUUCCUUGCACACGUCUGUACUCUGUUCACAAGCCUGUGAAGCAAUGCAUCAGUUAUUUGUGUGUCACCAGUGUCCGUCGGGCAUACAUAAUAAACAAGGAGAUCUGCUCUCGUAUUGUUUGCAAAGAAGAUGAAGCUAUGCAAGAGGAGAUUUGCCGUCAGCUGGCUGGCCUCCCACCACGCCGCCUCCGCCGCUCUGGUGAACCUCAAGGACCAUCCUGCCGACGAGGAAAGGGCCAAUCUCAAAACACGCUUGAUUCUCAAUGAUCAGGAAACUGUAGGAAUGAGAAGAAUAAAGAGGAACUGAGAUCAUACUGGAAAUCCAUCCUAGAUUUGCCUUUUCUCAUCCAAUUCCUGUCUUAAAAGGUGCUUCACUAGCACAGGGACCUUUCAUAUCAAUAGGUCAUCUCUGAGAUGUUAGUACUUAGACCCUCAUGUGCACCUGCUUCUGGGUUAUUUUAACCUUGGACUCCUUAUGUAAGUCCUACCCAAAAGCCAUUUUAAAAUAUACAUACAAAAUACUUGUUUUCUCAGUGAUUUCCCACCUAGUUUAGAACCAGCUUCUCUACAGAAAAUUCUCUGCAGAUAAUUAACAUAAUUUGUAUGGAUGAAGCACUUAUAGUCUAUUCUUCAUAGAGUUUGAUUGUUUAUCUGCAAAAUUAGAGGAUAUAUUGAACCAUAUAUUGAACUCACCAUUUGUAUGUCUUAUGCACCUACCUGAAGAGAAGGAGACACUGAAACUAUGGAAUAAUAGAAAGUAAGGAACAAUAGUCUAGUCCUUCCUUUUUCAGUACAGGUAUCCACUGUUGCAGUAUCCCUGAUGUCCCAAUCUCUGUUUAAACACUUUCAUUAAGAAGAAUUUACUAUUUCCUGAGGCCAUUUGCUCUACUCACUGUUAGGAUAUUUUGUCUUGACAUCCAAUCAAAGCUACUUCAUUUAUCUAACUGUUUUUAGUUCUGUAUUCUGGAACAACUUUGAACAAGUUCUUCAUAAUAGCAGUCUUUCAGAUAUUUGAACAGCUACCAUGUCAGUCUACAGUCUUCUCCAAAGGCACUUUCAACUAUUUCUUGUAAAGUUUUCCUCCGGGCCCCUAAUCACCUGAUUGUUCUCCUCUGGACAUGCUCUAGUUUGUCAGUGUGACUGUCUUUCCUAAGACAUAGAGCUCAGAACAGGAUGUAACAUUUUCUAUAAAAUCUGUUCAGCACUGAAAGAAAAGGAAAGAACUUUUCUAUCCUGCACAUAAUUCAAUUUAAAGCAAGGUUUUCAGUUUUGCAAGAUGUCUUCCAAAAAUACUUUUCUAAUUCUUGUGAGGUGGAGCUUAUCUCUUGCCAGAAAUUCCCCAGGCUCAUAAAUUUGUCCCAUCAGCCACAUCAUUCCCAUUUGCACUAUCCCAUUUGCUCACAUCUGGUAUUCUCCUCUCUUGGACCAUAUCUUUCAACAGGAAGACAUGAAGAAAUAUUGCCUAUGUCCCCAGCUAACGCUAACCUUAAUCCAGUACAUCACAGUCCCUUGAAGCAUUUUCAAGAAUGUAAAGAGUCUUGGGAGCCUUUUCAUCACAUCUAAAGGUGUGCCUCUAGAAGAGCACUUUUCUCCUCUUGAUAGGCGGAAUGCUUCUUCAGGCUCUCUGAUCACUACUAAUUGCUAUUUCUCCUCUUUAGGUAGAUGCAGAAGUCCUUUCCUUGAAGAAUCCUGUUCCUUGGUUCCUGAGGUUAAUGGCAACUGAUGCUUGUCCAGGCAUCCUGAAAUAUCACCAACAGGGAUGCCAUUGAAAUUAUACUGAACUUUCAAAGAGUAAGAGCUCUUUUUAAACAGUCUUAGUGCUUAGUCUCACAUUCCUCUAUCUGGCUAAUCUUUAUCUAUCUGGCUAUCUCCUGGAAGAUUUCUUGAUACUAUUGAUCUGGUGCUGUUGACCUGUGCUCAUUCCAAUAAUUUCUUAUAGUUCUUUAUAAGAUAGUGAAUCGACAGUUUGGAUUCUGACUCCUUUAUCUUCUCCACCAAAAGGGCAAUCUGCCUGCAGUUUUGGUGCAUAAUUCUUGCCAUUUUCUGGGAGAAAAGGAAACAUGGAAUAUUAUCUUCAAGUCAUAAGAGUAGUUUCUUCUGUUUCCACUUUUCUCUGAUACCAAUAAACAA